ACCUCCUGCAAGGCCCGGGCCAGCUCCCUGCACAAGUCCCCGAUUUCCUGGCAGGCGGAGAAGUCAUUGAUUUGAGAAAAAAGCUGCCGCCCAGACUGGCCCAGCAAGGGGAGGGGACCUGAUUUAAAGGGCCCGCUGCCACCCCGGCUGACUGCGAGUCGUGGGCAGCCGCAGACCACCACCAGAAAGACAAGGACACCCAUAUGUGCCCCCCAGCCGUAGGCCAAUCAUGCGCUUUGGAAGAUUGACCCCCGGCUACUUUCGGAGACUAGAGAUGCAAGUGGCUGGGGAGCUGGAGGCAGAGCCCCGGAACCAACUGAUGGGUGCCUUGGCCACAUUGCUGGCUGUGUGUGGCCUAGGGCUCUCCUUCUACAGUGUCCGACAGCUGAUGGAUCAAGGAAAGUCCCCAAAGACACCAUGAUAGGAGAUGGAACCCCUGGAAGUAUGGGAGAGCAGGGGGCCCCAGCAUCCAUCUGACCCAAUUAUCCAGAAGAACCAUUCCUCCUACCCUUGUCCCACCAGAUGGUGGCCCCAGCAGGCUGGGAGGCCAUGGGGAAGAGGGCGGGGUACAGGGAGCACCUAUGCCUGCCUAAGCUGAAGAAAUGGGAGCCUUGGAUGGAAUAAACCUGGAAAUUGCAAGGAGCAAAUAUAGAAGA